AUGUUUAUCUUGUUGUUUGUAUUGUCUGACAGCCUAAAAUGGUGUAAAAUAGAAAACACAAUUGUUUGUGUUUAUACUAAUGUUGAAUGUCCAACUUCGUAUGGGUGGAGUGUAGAAGGGUUUUUAAUAUCAAUAAGUGAAUAUGAUAUGUAUACAACAAUAGGAUGUGGUAUAAACACAGAACAUAAUGUAAACUUGCCAGAUGGAACCGAAUUAAAAAUGAAGUUUACAAAUAAGCAAAAAGAGUUUAGGCUUGAAGAUUAUUUAGUCAACAAGAAGACUGAAAUUAAAAGAGAUACAUGUAAUAUAGCAAAUUGUAACAUUUGUUCACAAAAUAAUCCCAAUUUUUGUUAUAUUUGUAAUGAUAAUUAUUAUUUAGCCAAUCGUAUUUUACCAGAAUGUGUUCCAUGUAAAAACGCUAUAUGUAAACAAUGCAAUUCGAAUCCAUCAGUAUGUUCUUCUUGUUAUGAUGGAUUAUAUUUAAACAAUGAAUUUGAGUGCGAUUAUUGUAGCAGUAAUUGCAAAACAUGCAGUUCUAAAGAAAUGUGUACAGAUUGUAAUACAGGAAAAUAUCUGUAUAAUGGAAAGUGCUUGUCAUGCCAAUAUUGCUAUAAUUGUGAAACUCAAACCGGAUGUAGACAAUGUUGGAAUGGUUAUUAUCAAGAAAACAAUGGGUGUACGCCAUGUGAUUCAAAUUGCAAGACAUGUUCUUUACAAAGUACAAACUGUCUAUCUUGCAAACAAGGAUCAUAUAUUCAAAAUAAUAAAUGUUUAAUGUGCAGUUCUUAUUGUACAACAAACAAGUGUGAUACCAUCCAGGGUUGUACUGAAUGCAUGAAUGGUUAUUAUAAAAAUAAUAUGACUUGUUUUAAAUGUCAUGAAGAAUGUCUGACGUGUUUAAACAACCAAGUAAAUGGGUGUUUAACAUGUGAGAAUGGAAGGUAUUUCAACAACAAUCAAUGCGUUGAAUGUGAUGAUAAUUGUGAAAUAAACAUGUGUGAUGUUGUUAGUGGAUGCCAAAAAUGCAAAAUUGGAUAUUUUCCAGAAGAAAAACGAUGCUCUCCAUGUAGUAAAAUGCCAAAUUGUAAAACAUGCAGUCAAACUGAAAAGUAUCAGUGUAUUUCUUGUGUAGACAGAUUUGUAGUCAAUGAUUAUCAAUGUGAAUGUCCUAACCACCUAUACCAAAACACUUCGAGCACUUGUGACGAAUGUUACAAGAAUAAAUCUAAUUGUAAAUUGUGUCAAAAAUAUGGAAAUUAUGAAGCGGAAUGUAAGGUGUGUUAUCCGCCUUUUGAACUCAAAGAAGGAAGUUGUGUCGAAUGUCAAAGCAAAACAAAUUAUAUUGGAAAUAUUUGUGUAAAUAACAACGGAAAUUGUGAACUUCAGAAUGGAGAAAAUGAAUGCCUGAAAUGUCCAACCGAUUUUUAUUUAAGGAACAAAACAUGUAAACCUUUUGACAACAAAAAUUUGUGUGAAACAAACUCGAAAAUUACAUGUGAAAACUGUGGAAAUGGAAUUACAACGACUGGA